AUGGUCAGGAGAUUGAUUAAAUAUUCCAAAAUACUUGGCGUCAAGGGUAACGUAACGCUCAGUCGUAGGGAAGAAAAGUGGUGUGAACCUAGACGUGCAAAUGACGAGCAGCCAGGAUGGAGCCAGGAUGCGACGUGGGAUGCCAGGAUGAAGGAUGCAGGACGCUGGAUGAUGUGGACGGUGAUACAUCAUAUAUAUAUCUCGAGCUUCAUAUCAGCUCUUUUAGGAGCUAAAAAUCUCAUCAAAACUCCCCAAGAAACAAACAAAAAACAAAAAACAAAAAAAACAAAAAAGAAAGAAAAGAGAAGGACACAAGGAGGAGAUGAGAUUAAACUGUGUUUUUCUACCCAUUUACCUUGCUACUUAUUAAACAAUUGA